AUGCCAGCAUCCGUAGCGAGCGAGAUUGUCAAUGCAGUCCAUAAAGCCCGCAACUGCGCCCUCUACUGCGACUACAAGACCGCCCUUCAGUACUAUGCCAGCAUCCGCAAUGAGAUCAACUCGCACAUCUGCAGCCUCGACGACGUCCUGCGUGCCCCGUGGACGAGCCUUCUAGAGGAGCUGGAGAGUGAGGUGCAGAUCAUCCGCGAUACACAGGCUGAGUUGCACUUGUUCAUUGACCCCAACGCUGCAAAGCGGCGCGAGCCACCGGACUAUGAUGAGAACCCCGGCAGUGGGAACGCUGAGAGGGCUGUCGUGCCGAGGACGGGGAUCAAAAAGAAGGCACGAAUUGGGGCCUCGCUCACGAGUAGUUGCGGGCCCUACAUCAGUGCACAGAACGAGAGGCUCUACGGCGAUAAGGACCGCUUCGGCCCGGCAGAAGGCCCACAGAUUUCACCAGCCAUGCGGCAGCCAGCGCGCAGCGGCCCCUUCUCUUCGAACAACGGGGCCGGCGUUGCUGGUCGACACGUAGCCGGGGCGGCCGCUGUCGGCUUCCGUCAAGGCGCUGGGGCAACGAAUGGCACCGGGGCCGCGGCAAGAGGAAGGAUGAAAGGCAGGAGUGCAGCGUCCCGCUUUGCCGGCCGCCCUGGGGAGGAGGAGCUCGUCCAGCUCAUCGAGGCUGAUAUGCACAUUGGCAAGCUGCCGGUCACGUGGGACGACAUCGCUGGCCUCGAGGAGGCAAAGCGACUGCUGGAGGAGGCGGUGGUGUACCCGGUGCUCAUGCCCGACUACUACCAAGGCAUCCGCCGUCCCUGGAAAGGUGUGCUUCUCUACGGGCCACCGGGCACCGGCAAGACGAUGCUCGCCAAGGCGGUCGCCUCGGAGUGCAACACCACAUUCUUUAACAUAUCCCCUGCGACGCUGACGAGUAAGUGGCGCGGCGACAGCGAGAAGCUCAUCCGCGUGCUCUUUGAGAUGGCGCGCCACUACGCCCCUAGCACGAUAUUCAUUGACGAGAUCGACUCCCUGUGCGGGCGGCGAGGCGGCAACGACGAGCACGAGGCCUCGCGACGGGCAAAAGGCACGCUGCUGGCGCAGAUGGACGGUGUCGGGGUGGAUACUGACAAGAUCGUCAUGGUGCUUGGCGCCACAAAUCACCCGUGGGACAUCGAUGAAGCGAUGCGCCGCCGCCUUGAAAAACGCAUCUACAUUCCUUUGCCCGAUGCUACGGAUCGUGUGGAAUUGUUCAAGAUCAACACAAAGUCCAUCAAGCUCGGCAGUGAUGUUGACUUUGUGAAGUUGUCCAACCUGCUAGAAGGCCGCCACUACAGCGGCGCCGACAUCACGAACCUGGUGCGGGAUGCGGCUAUGAUGACGAUGCGGCGCUUCAUGAAGGAAGCGGACAAGACAACGCUGAAAGAGAACGCGGCGGAGAUUGGUCGGCAGGUGGCGGAGCAGCCCAUCAACAUGAAUGACUUUUUGGCCGCUCUCAAGAAGGUGCCGAGUAGCAUCAACGCCGACAACGUCAAGAAGUUCGAAGCAUGGAAGAAGGAGUUUGAGCUGAACAUCUAG